AUGGGGCCAAUAGUCGAUGAAAGCGACCUCCCUGGCUACACGAUGCGCAGCUCCCUGCUGCUCGGAGCUCGAAGCCUGAGAUCGUUGGCGAAACCGCAACAGCAGGACCAAAAUGUGUUAUUCUCCUUAUAUAACUCCGCGCCUCGACACUCAAGGAUAGAGCCACCAGUCUGUGCCCACAUUGUUGUUUCGCGCCCACUACAAACGUCAAGACGUGAGCUGUCCACAUCAGCAAUACCACCUUCUUCCGCGCGCCCGUUGAGCCAGCUCCAGUUCCAGCGACCUCAAGUACUACAGCAGCUCAGAUUUCUCUCCUCCACUCCAGCCAAGUCCGAAACGCCGACGCCUGUGAUCAAGUCAGAGCGAAAGCAACCUAAACAGGAGGAUAAUGACGAUGACGAGGAGGAAUCAUUCCAGAGGAGCGAGAAAGCGAAUCAGGCGUCUCAGGUCAAUCUCAGUGCUCGCUUGUCCAAAGAGGGCUCUGCUAAUUCAGGAGGUGCUGGUUUCGGCGAGGUCUGGCGGCUGAUCAAAAUUGCUCGACCAGAAGCAAAGAUCCUAGGCAUUGCCUUCGUCUUUCUGCUCAUCUCCUCCUCAAUCACCAUGUCCAUUCCUUUCUCUAUCGGCAAGAUCCUCGAUAUCGCCACCCAAGGUGGACAGAAGACCGAAGAUCUGCAGUCAGACGAGGGUUCUCCCAUGUUAUUUGGCUUCUCUAUUGGAACUUUCUAUCUGGCCCUCGGUAGUGUACUGGCUGUUGGCGCGGCAGCAAAUUACGGGCGAAUUAUUAUUUUAAGGAUUGUUGGAGAGAGAAUUGUUGCUCGCUUGCGUUCCAAGCUCUUCCGCCAGACUUUCGUGCAAAAUGCCGAGUUUUUCGACGCCAAUCGAGUUGGUGACCUUAUCUCCCGCUUGAGCUCUGAUACCAUUAUUGUCGGUAAAUCAAUCACUCAGAACCUGUCCGAUGGUCUCAGGGCGUUCGUCAGUGGAGCCGCCGGAUUCAGUCUUAUGGCUUGGGUUUCGGUCAAGCUGACUGGCGUCCUAGCUUUGAUGUUUCCGCCUGUCGCGGUAGCAGCAUUCCUGUACGGUCGCGCCAUCAGAAAUCUCAGCCGCAGGAUCCAGAAGAAUUUAGGUACUCUCACUAAGAUCGCCGAAGAACGUCUCGGCAAUGUUCGCACGUCGCAGGCGUUUGCUGGUGAGAUCUUGGAAGUUCACAGGUACAAUACUCAAGUACGAAAAAUAUUCGAUCUUGGCAAGAAAGAAUCAUUGAUCAGUGCCACUUUCUUCUCGUCAACAGGCUUCAUGGGCAACAUGACUAUUCUGGCCUUGUUGUACAUUGGAGGCGGAAUGGUUUCUCACGGCACCAUCACUAUAGGCGAGCUGACCUCUUUCUUAAUGUACACAGCAUACGCAGGCUCCUCCCUCUUCGGCCUGUCGUCCUUCUAUUCUGAACUGAUGAAGGGUGUUGGAGCUGCCUCCAGGCUCUUCGAGCUGCAGGACCGUCAGCCCACAAUCUCACCAACGGCAGGCAAGCCCGUGACUUCAGCUCGUGGAACUAUUCGCUUUGAGAAUGUCUCGUUUGCCUACCCCACUCGUCCUGCAGUUUCUAUUUUCAAGAACCUGGAUUUUGAAAUUCCCCAAGGGUCGAAUGUUGCCGUGGUAGGUCCAAGUGGUGGCGGCAAGAGCACGAUCGCUUCACUGCUUCUACGCUUCUACGGUCCCACUGAAGGGAAGAUCCUGAUCGCUGGCGAAGACGUGUCGACCUUGAAUGUGAAGCAACUACGACGGAGAAUUGGUGUCGUGUCACAAGAGCCUGUACUAUUUUCAGGCACAAUUGCAGAAAACAUCGCCUAUGGAAGACCUCACGCCACGAGGUCCGAGAUCUUGCGUGCUGCAAGACGUGCCAACUGUUCGUUUAUCGGUGAUUUCCCUGAUGGCUUAGAUACUCCUGUUGGAGCUAGAGGAACGCAACUCUCUGGUGGUCAGAAGCAGCGAAUUGCCAUCGCCCGAGCUUUGGUCAAGGAACCAGACAUCCUGAUCUUGGACGAAGCUACCUCUGCUCUCGAUGCAGAAUCCGAGACUCUAGUCAAUCAAGCGCUGACAACAUUGCUACGAGGCAGUAACACAACAAUAUCGAUAGCUCACCGCUUGUCGACUAUUAAAAGAUCAGAUACGAUCAUAUGUUUGGGUAGUGAUGGUCGUGUUGCUGAGAUGGGCAGCUACAAAGAAUUGAGCAGCAAAAAGGACGGUGCCUUCUCCAAACUUAUGGAAUGGCAGAUGAGUGGCGGUGAUUCCACCAACGAGCGGUCUCACGCUGCACAAGCACGAAAUAAUCCCACUCCCACGGAAACAGAAGAAAUCGAAUACAUGCUACAUUCAGGAGAAGGUGAGCAUGAUGACGUUCGCGAAGGUGAUGAGGAAAUACAAGGCUCAAAGAUCCAAGAAACAGUGACAGAAGCUGUAGAGCAGAAAAAGAAAUAA